AUGGAGAUGAACAGCAGACUACAAACUACCUCCAACUCCGAUGUUGUUGUACAUCAUAAGGACCAUCGGAGUUGGAUUGUCGACGGAGAAGACGGGCAGUGUUCACAGCGCAUAAUUGUUAUCCAACGCGUGUCAGAAAAGAUGGGUCCAAUUAGUCCAACCAUCGUCCCCACUGGUGGCCUCGUCCUGGUCACGGGAGUCAAUGGCUUUCUCGCCUCUCACCUGGCCCUGAACCUUCUUGAACGCGGCUACAAAGUACGAGGCACGGUGCGCUCCCAUGACAAAGCCGACUGGAUCCGAGAAGCCGUGACAAAACGCUACCCCAAUGCCUCCUUCGAGGUGGUGGUUGUUCCCAACAUUUCUGUUCCGGGGGCAUUCGACGAUCCCGUGCAGGGCGUCGACGGUGUCGCCCAUGUAGCCAGCGACCUGUCAUUUGGCAACGAUCCCAACAAGGUCAUCACGCCCAUGGUGGAGGGCCUGAGCAACAUCCUGGCCAGCGCCGCCAAGGAGCCCAGCGUCAAGCGCUUCGUGCUCACCAGCAGCGCCAUUGCCGCUCUGACUCCACAGCCCGGAAAGGAAAUCCAUGUCGACGUCAACUCAUGGAACGACAGCAGCAUCGAAGCCGCGUGGCGGCCUGCGCCCUACGAGCCGGAGCGGUGCUGGGACGUCUACGCGGCACUGAAGACGACCACCGAGCGCGAAUUCUGGAAAUUCGCCGAGCAGCACAAGCCUGCGUUUGUCUUCAACUCUGUGCUGCCGGAUUUUAUCGUCGGUCCUAUCAUCCACGCCAAACAGAAUGGUAGCACCGGACGCUGGGUCAAGGAAUUCUUCGAUGAUCCGGUCAACUACUUCAAGCCCCUGCAGACUUUCAUCCCGCGCCACUUUGUCGAUGCUACAGAUGUCUCGGUGUUGCAUAUCGCUGGAUUGACGCAUGAGGACGUGCAGUCAGAGCGGUUGCUGGCCAUGACGGGCCCGUUCAACUUUAACAGUUGGCUGAGCGCAUUUCGCAAGAUUGAUCCGAGCAAACCCUGGCCCGCGGAUGAUCCAAAUCAGGUCCAUGAUCGCAGUAUCGUUGACACUGCCAGGCCCCAGGAGCUGUUGAAACGGUACGGUCGUGUGGGAUUUACCUCUUUCUUUGAGACCGUGAAGGAUAAUUGCUUAAACAGUGAUCCGGAGUGGAAGCGGUCGAACUUUCCUUAACUGGUGCUCUUAGACGGACUAGGAAUAUGUAUGUAAAGAUGGAUUGACACCAAUGAGAGCAUGGAGAUUAUGUCGAGUAUCUUCUAGUCAAC